AUGGAGGAGUUGAACCAAGGGGAUCCACGACCUGCGUGCAAGGCAUGUCGAACACAAUGUGCAUACGAUAACGACCGCGAGAAACCUGGUUUGAAGACUGGUGCGGUAGAGACUCUCAGGCGACGAGUGGAUGCUUUGGAGGACGCCAUCUAUCAGCAAGGCAGGGCUUUUGAUCAUGAACCCUCACAUGUCUGCCAGGAAAGCAGAUCUGCAGCUGCAUCUUUACUCCAGGAAGGGUUGGAGUUAUUACUAGAGAAGUUACAUUCUCAAACAACGGAAAGAACAGCCGGUUUAGAUACAUCACAUUCUACCUACGGUGUCUCUCGACAAGUUACGCAAGAGACGGAAUACGGACCACGGAUACCGACACAUAACACAGAGGCCCCAGUGUCCAACAAACGAAAGCGCAUGGACGACACCACUCUGGUCGAUACGAAUGACUGGGCCAACCUAUCCUCAACGUUACCACCGCUAGAGGUUCUAAAGUCAGUAAUUGAUACAUACUUUAAUUUAGUGCAACCAUGGAUUCCAAUACUCCACGAGAAACGAUUUCGGCAACGCUUGAAGAAUCCGGUCGAAAGACGUCGUUUAGAAGUUAUUCUCCAUGCUAUGACUGUAGCCAUGCUCAGACACAUUGAUCCACGCGAGCUUUCCGUGGAUAUUGUAAGCAUUGAGAGUAUCUGUGAGCGAGCGCGAAAAGUCGUCAUAUUGACGGGAAUGGAGGAUAUGUAUGUCGAGAAUCUUCAAGCCUUGAUUAUAGUCUGUUUCGAAGAUAUUGGUUCUGGAAGAGUCUCUCGUGCCUGGCCAAUUGUCGGCUCUCUGACAAGAACCGUUGAAUAUCUACAAUUGAGUGUCGAGUCUGAGAAUCAUGAUAAAGGCCCGGUGCUUCAGCCACGACCUUCUCUACCCUGCGCAAAGAGCUGGGUUGAAGAGGAAGAAAGGAGAAGGGUAUUCUGGACUGUAUUCAACUUGGACAGGUUUUGCUCUGUAACCACUGGAUGGAACACUAGUCUCACAUCGAAUGACGUUCAUCGACGUCUCCCUGCUGAUGGAGGCUUAUGGCACAAUGAAGAGGCAGUCACCACGCCAUUUUUCGGAAUUUGGGACAAGUCUGCUGGGAGAAUUGGCAACCUCAUUACUUUCCUCCCUACAGACUACAACGCCACAGAACCACCCCGAAGUCGAUUUCAAAGUGGCCAUUUACCGACGGUGCCUGACGAGAAAGUUGAUAUGUCGACGAUCGGUGCAUUUGCCUACAGGGUCGAAGCGACAGAAUCCUUGAGUAGGGUGACUACAUUUUUCUUGAAGCAAAAGAUCAACUAUCGUGAUCGGCAGGAGAUGGGCAGUUGGCUUAUGCGUUUCAAAGAACUGGACUUGCGCUUAGUUAGUUGGAAAAUGCUGCUACCCCAAAAAUGGAGAGAUUCUAACAUCUCCCGGCAACCGACUGUGAUUACCAUGGAUCCAAAUCUCACCCUCGCGCAUAUUACACACAAUACUUCUAUGAUUCUCUUGCACCAACGGAUUGCAUAUCCACCCCUUGAGUGGCACGAAGUAUUGAAACUUCCUACGUUAUCUAGCGCAGAGACCUGUGAAACAGCAGCUGCCGAAACAGCUAACAUCACGAAGAAGUUCCUCGACUAUUCUUCUCCGCAGAGCAUUGUAGAUAGUCAGUUUGCAUUUUGUGUCUUCGUGAGCGCCCGGGUACUUCUUGUACACUGGCGUUAUUACAAAACCGACCUUAGCCCGGACUUUUGGACUUUGAUGGAAGCGCUCGAUGUAAUGUCUGUUCGCUGGUCCGUUCAACGUGAAGAACAAAAUGCUCCCUAUCGCAAAAACGCGGCGGCAAAGUAUUUUAGUCAGCUCAAUGUCAUAUACGGUCGAUGUCAGAACGACGAAUCAUUUAAGCUAGAUGUUCUAGGUUAUCCGAAUGAAAUUGAAUGGGCAGGUCAGCUUUUCUCUGCGCUCAAGGAUGGUGAUUGA